UGCAGCCUUUGGGGGCGGGUCGGAGAAGGUCUUUUACUCCUCAGCACCAAAGAGCAGGGCGCUAAUAGCGACACAGCUGAUGAUCGGGGGCGUGGAGAGCAACCCGGGGUGGCCCACACACGAUCCCGAGCCUCGAGCAGCUCGUCCGGACGGCCCCUGAUUCCCAUUCCGACCGCGGACGAGGUUCAGGAGAGCGUCAGGUCAAAGCCAGUCAGCAUCGAGCCAUUUGAUGCGUGGCGAGCAAGCCAAUCGAACCCAAACUGGGUGGCAGAGGUGAUGGACCGUUCUGCAGUGCAACCUGCUCGACCUCAGUGGCAGGACCCGCCGACCGCGCCAAGCGUCAGUAGAGAGGAAACGGGCCCCUCCUCCAGCGGCCCGCAUCCUACUAGCAAUCCCCGUCCCGCUGCUACAGAGCGGACACCUACGGAGACGGGCCCUUCCAGCAGCGACCCGCAUUCUGCCAGCCAGCCUCGCUCCGUUGCUACUGAGGUUGCGCCUACGGAGGUCGCGCGUCGGAAGAGGACGGCCCCGAGCAGGGAAAGCUCUCUGGCGCCGAGCGGUACUAGGAUACGGACCGGGAGCCCGGACGAAGCGGAAGCUGCCGCGACGUCUGAUCAAGAGGGUGCCUCUUUCGACAUCGAAGAGACAUCAGACGAGACCGAGUCCGACGGAGAGCCCACAUCCGAGGAUGACCGGGGCAUCGACGACUCGGCGCUGCCGGACGCUGAAACACGGGAUCUGUACCGGCAGUUGCAAAUGGAGGAAGCGGCAGCUCGGCACGCGGCAGACUCGAAGACUCCGGACGAUGCGCUGGCGCCCAUGCGGACGGAGAUGGAGAGGAGGCGGGCCCGGGAGGAAGCGCCACCGGCCACUGUGUGA